AUGAAUUAAUCAUAAUUAAUUAUUAGUUGAGUUGAGCAUUUGCAGUUUCGACUUCAGAUUCUUCUUAGAAAAAUGGUUCAGCACAGCGAUGGUAGUAAUUGCCUUCUUUUACUGUAUGGAUGAAAUAAAAUCAUUACAUUACGUGAUAUUUUUCGGGAUAAAGUUGUAUUCUAUCGUACCUGGUACAAACUGGUUCCAUUGAACUUUGCAAGCGGUGCAUGUACGUCAAUAUUGAGCAAGAAGAGUAGUGUAUGGCUGUGUUGAAUGCUUCAUUGCUAAGGACCUUUACUUUUCCUCUACGUCGCUCAUUCACAAGCUUUGCUAACGUAAUUUCAUACUCAACUCUUACAGGUAAAAAAGAAGCAACUAUGGUUUUAGACAAAGUUCAAGAGCAACUUUUGGAAGAAAAAUGCAUUUUAGUUGAUGAAAUGGAUAAAGCUAUUGGGGAGGCAACAAAGAGAGAAUGCCAUUUAAAUGACAACAUUAAAUCUGGAAUGCUACAUCGAGCAUUCAGUGUCUUUUUGUUUAAUAGUAAAAAUGAGUUGCUGCUUCAACAGAGAUCUGAUGCCAAAAUAACAUUCCCAGGUUGCUUUACCAAUACUUGUUGUAGCCAUCCUUUGAAUUUUCCUCAAGAGAUCGAAGAAAAAGAAUCUAUUGGAGUGAGGAAAGCAGCCCAACGUAAACUUGAUCAUGAAUUAGGAAUAAAAGCACAUGAGGUCCCUUUGGAGAACAUCCAUUUUAUAACAAGAAUCCAUUACAAAGCUCCAUCAGAUGAUAAGUGGGGAGAACAUGAGAUUGAUUAUGUUUUGUUCAUUCAGAAAGAUGUGAAUAUCAAUGCAAAUCCAAAUGAAGUAAAAAGUUUUUGUUUUGUUGAUCAAAAAGAAAUGAAAAAAAUUCUUCAAGAUGCUAAUGAGAAGAAGAUAGAAAUAACUCCAUGGUUUGAAUUACUAUGCAAAAACUUUCUGUUUAAAUGGUGGAAUUAUUUAGGUAACUUGGACAAAAUCAAAGAUGUGGAAACCAUUCAUAAGAUGAUAAAAGAGUAAAAACUGACAAUUUUGUGUUUAUAUUUUUGAGUAAUUAAUGUUGUAGUCUUAUAAAAUGUCAGUAAUUGUAAACUUUUAAGGUAAACAUUGUAGUAGUUAUUUAUGAUUACUAUUUUAAAAAAUCUCACAACUUUAAAUUUGAUGAACAUAUGACCUAGGGAAGUAAAAGCAUAGUUUUAAAUAAACGUAUGGCGAUGUGGUUGCCAGGCAAGUUUGUUUGGCUCCAGUAUUCUCUUGUA